UUAAAGUACUUAACAUAAUUUCAAUUCAAACAAGACUAAUGUUGGCACAAAAAAUCGAUCCACCCUGACAUUCUGUCUUGGGAAAUCAGUCGCGUCUAUGGCCAUGCAAGCUUAUUUUUUUGUUAAAAUUUUUUACUUUCAUCUUCUUCAAUUAAAUUUUUUUUUCAAUUUUCCUUUUAAUAAUGUUUAAAUACUGGAAAACGAAUUACUUUUUGUGCUUUUUCUUGGCACUGACAUCUGUAAAAGCUCAGUUAGUACACGAAGCGAAAAUUUAUCAGCUCGUCGCCGAAGCCGUUCACAAUGUAUUCAACAACACUUGCCUCAUUUUCAUGUACACCGUAGAAAAUCCCAUGAAUAAUCUUGGACUUCACGAGAGUCAAGAUCUCGUUUCUCUGCCGAUUUACAUGGGUCGACUUCACGUGCGCACCACGGCUUACGCUAUAAAAACUUUCAGACAGCAGAUUGGAGAAAGUUACUACUCAUUGAAGCGUCCGUUGUUUAUUCUCAUCAACGACUCGGACGAGCUGCGAGAACAAUAUUCCACGCUCAUCGCUCCGUGGAUCGACAUGGCUUACAUAAAUUGGGUUAUAUUUUUCCGCAGCAACACGAGCAUACGCGAUUUCUUUUCCAACAUUUAUGUGCCCUUGGACUGCAUAUUUUUGGUCGUCCAGAAGUUCGAGGACAGCAAGACUUACGUGCUGACGGAGGUUUACAGCAUCGACAAGGGUCGGGAAUUGAUUACCAAUGUUUUCGGUACAUGGGAGGAAGAGAGCGGACUGGAGAUAACGAGACUCGCGCUCUAUCAACGAAGAAGUAAUCUGCAAGGACAAUUGAUACGAGUUACAACGGUGGAAGAUCCACCGGUUUCCGUAGCGAUAGAAAAUUCCGAUGGAAUGAUGACCGGCAUCAAAGGUUUCUUUGGCACGAUUAUUCAAAUACUCGAGGAAAAUCUUAAUUGCACAAUCGUCUAUUCGAAGAGCGAAGAUUGGGGCUCGAAGCACCCCGAUGGCUCGUGGAGCGGGGCCAUUGGAAUGCUCGUCCGUAAGGAAACCGACUUGGUAGCGGCCGAAUUGUUAAUGAGCUCCGACAGACUUGACUCCAUAGCAUUCACAACUCCUGUUUUCUCAACUAAAUGUCGUACUUUUAUCAAAAGACCGCAGUACGCCGCAGUCAAAUGGACCGCGUACUCGGAUCCCUUCUACGGGGGAAUUUGGUUAUGCAUUUUAAUCAUCAUGCUGCUGUCGAGCGGCUUCAUAUUGAUAUCGUUCAAAACGUCUCCGUCGCGUUUCCAGUUCAGCAGCGAAGAGCUCGACGUGCACUUCCUUGACACAUUCUUCCACAUUUUCGGCGACGUCUGCUCGCAGGGAAGCGUCGAGGUCGACAUCGAUCCCAUAAGAAUAAUCCAUCUGGUUAUUCACUUUACCGGUGUCAUCCUGGUCGCGGCCUACUCGGCGGCUCUGAUAAGCUUUUUGGCCGUCAAGGUUUUUGUCAUGCCCUUCACAACGAUGGUCGGUCUUCUGGAGGAUGGCUCCUACAAAUUCGGCGUAGUCAAGGAUUCGGCCGAUUAUGGAUUCUUUCAAACAACUUCGGACAAAGUAUUGCAAAGGAUGUUCAGUGAAAUACUCGACGAUGUUGAAAAGCUGCCGAACAAUUACUUGGAGGGCUUGAGCAAAGUCUGCACUGAACAGGAUUACGCGUUCAUGAUAACCGACAACAUGUUCGCUAUACUCGAACAUCUGAUGACUUGCAUAUUGGAGCCCUUGGAGCCGAUAAUGCAGACAACUUUGGCAAUGGGAGUGCAAAAACGAAGCCCAUUUCGAGGGAUCAUAAAUAGCAAUAUUUUGAUGAUGGGUGACAGCGGAGUUCUGCAAAGGGUCAUAGCUACUGAAUUGGCCAUCCAAGGCAGCAAGAGUGGAGAAAACUUAUCGGCGGUGGAAAUAAUUGACAUAUUACCCCUAAUGCUGUUGAUAAUUGGCGGAGUGUUUUUCGCGACAAUGAUUAUGCUGUUGGAAAAAUUACAUCAUUCGCAAUUCGCGCACCAGCUGAAAGCUUCUCUCGCACAAAAGCUGCGACAAUCGAAUCGCCUCGUAGUCGACUGAUUCGAUAUGAUUUUGAUGCACCGUGUACAAAAAUAAUAUUCUCUCGAGAGUAUGUAGCGAUGAAAAUAAAGAUACUUGCUGAUCAUUUAGAAAUUUUAAUUACCGACAACGAUGCGAGUACCGAGAAAAAACCAGUGUUGCGCGCAAGGUACAAACAUAUUAUGCUUAUUUAUAGGCAAGUUGGAAUAUAUAAUACGGUAUAUACGUGUACAUCACGAGAGCAUCACACGUAAAUAGCGUUCACU